AUGAGAAAACUUUUCUUCUUCCUUUGCACACACGUCCCAAAACAGAGAGCAAAAUUCACCAGAAUCAUGGAGAGCUGCCAGAAGAAACAAAAAUUGGAGACACCAACAGAGCUCAGUGAUAUGCCUGAUGACUUAAUCUUCAAAAUAUUCUCGUUCCUUCCGUUUUUUAAAGAGGAUUUAGCAACACGUUUCAUAUCAGAAUAUGGGAAGGGUCUUUGGAAUCCAGACCCGAAUGCCAUAUUUGAUGAUGAAUCACUCGAUAUGACUUGUAUGAGUUUUGUAUAUGGAUCUUUGAUGUCCAAGGAUGCUCAGAUUCUAGAUAGCUUGCAUCUCAAGCUUAGGAAAUACUAUAUUGCUUCAGAUAUCAAUUUUCUUGUUCAACUUGGGGUUAAUCGAUCUAUGAGAGAGCUGAGAAUCGACUUCUUUGGAAAAACCCUAGAAUUACCGUGUUGCUUGAGUACCUGCACAACCCUAAAAGUUUUGGUACUCGAUCAUUUAAAUAUCAUGUCUGUCCCGGGUUGGUUUCGUUUGCCAUCAGUCGAAACUCUCCAGCUUUCAUCGGUUACCGGGGGCAGCAACUAUGUUCCAAGUCUUAUAAGAUUAUGCUCUGUUCAUGAACGUUUGGUUGUAGACCAAAACAGAAAUAAAGAUCUGGUUAAUAUCAAUGUGCCUACUUUGAGGAGCUUAUCUAUCGAUAACAAGAGAAGGGGACAUGUGCCACUCGGUAGCUUUUGGAUAAAUGUUCCUUCUUUGAUGUUUUUGAACAUUAAGGAUACAUUCCAAACAAUAUUUGAAUCUAUGCCUGCGAUGAUCAAAGCGAAUAUCGAGGUUGCUCAUGACCAAUCGCAAUCUGUGAAGUUCAUAGAAUCUCUUACCUCAACCCGACAUCUUUGUCUUUGUUCUCCAACUUCAGAGAAUCCAUAUCCUAAUGGCACAAAGUUCUCCAAUCUUGUACAUCUAAAGCUAUGUACAUGUUCUGCGGGAUGGCAGAAUCUACUUGCGUGUAUGCUCAAUGACGCUCCCAAUCUUCGUUCUCUUACUCUUAAGUUGAGACAAAAAUCCGAUGUCAAUCCGAAGAAAGUCUGGGAAAAGCCAACAGUCGUUCCUGAAUGUUUAUCUACGCGUCUUGAGAUCUUGAAAUGGAGAGAUUAUGAAGGCACUGAGCAUGAGAAGGAUAUGGUUGGGUACAUACUAGCAAACGCUACUUUUCUACAGAGGGCAACAUUCUCAACGAAAGAUAGAAACCAAUGUGAUUCCAGGUUCAGCGAGUUACAGUCUAUGGAGAGAGUUUCAGAGAUAUGUGAGUUUGUGUUUGACUAAUGUGACUCUCUUAUGUGAUGGUGUGUGUCUCUCUAGAAGACGCAAAGACGUUCUUAGCUUUCUUCUUCCUUUCCCUUAGACUUUUAUAUUUGGUGUUUUUAGGUUUUAUAUUUGGUGUUUUUGAGUUUAAUUCAUGAAAACAGAGCUGUUCAUGUUUGAGUUUAAUUCAUGAAAAAAAUUACUCUCAUAUGU